AUGUCAAUGGGACACGAAGAUCCUCACCCAGUCCACCCCCAACUCGGCCACAAGAACUACAUCACUCUCGACCUGUCUUUUAAGCAUGGCCCCUACAUCCCCAACUACUCACCCAAACCCCUCCCACACACCGCAACAGACCUCCACAUCCUCCAUUCCUCUAUCCUCUCCUCCCCCAUCCAAGAAUACCUCAACUCCCCCAUCGCCAAGUCACCUCCGCCCAGCGACUUUCAGAACACCUGGCACCUCACCGCCAUACGCUACCGAGAUACAUCCGCUUAUGAUGUCGUCUCCGCUCUUUGCAUGCUAUGGAGAUUCGAGGCCUUCUCAGGCUUGGUCUCAGGAUGGCAAAUGUCCCGUUACCCCAGAGACUCAAACACAGAUAACCCUAUGAAGAUGUACAGUGUGCAAUGGCGACAGACCAUUGAAGCAAAUCGUGGUUUCUCGAUAUUUUACUCUGGUUCUUGCCGGUGUCAUCUAUUCGAAGGAUUCCUGUGCAAUGAGCUUCAGCAAUUAGCCUGA